CAGAAAGAGGAGGAUCAGGACCAGGAAAAGAAGAAGCAGGAGGUUCCAGUGCCUCCUGUGGCCGCAGCCACGGGACCAUCACCCCCACCUCAUGCUGCAGGGCUGUUGCAGUGGAUUGCAAAGGCUGAGUGUCACUUCAUGAACGGCACCGAGAGGGUGAAGUACGCGGAGAGGCGCAGCUACAACCGGGAGCAGCUCCUGCACUUCGACUGCGACUUUGUGGGGCACUUUGUGGGGUUCACCCCCUUUGGGGAGAAGGCGGCCGGGUACAGGAACAGCCUCCCGGAUUUCCUGCGGCUCAAAAGGACCGCGGUGCUCUGGUACUGGCGGAGCAACUCCGAGGCGGCCGCCGUGUUCCUCACGGAGCGCCGAGUGCCCAUCCCACCGUGUCCAUCUCGCUGGUGCCCUCGAGCUCCCAGCCCGGCCCCGGCCGCCUGCUCUGCUCCGUGAUGGAUUUCUACCCUGCCCACAUCCAGCUGAGGUGGUUCCAGGGCCAGCAGGAGCUCUCUGUGCUGGCCACCGAUGUGGUUCCCAGUGGGGACUGGAGCCACCAGCUGCUGGUGCUGCUGGAAACUGCC